AUGCAAUUUAACUGUGAAGUUGCUGCAAAAGUAUUACAACUUAAUCUUGCUGAAGAAAGUCGUUAUCUUUACCUUAACACUCCCCACACUAAAACAUCAAUUAAAGAUUUAUUAAUAUAUGAAAGAAUAAACAACAAAUAUGAUGGUUAUGAUACUGUACACUUACAUGAACAAAUUGCAAUAACAUUAGAUCUUUUUUUGCGACUUGAACAUGUCGUCUUUUUCAAGGUUGAUACAGAUAUCGAUCUAAGGGUAUUAGAAAGAUUACAAAUACCUAUAAAAAAUAUAUUCUUUUUAAAUUGUACAAUUACCAAGGAAAUGUUUCUAAACUAUGAAAACUAUGUGAGACAUAGAAGUCUGAAUUUUACCAUUCAUAAUUGUGACAUUAGAAACCUUAAUGAAUUAGAUUUUAAUAGAACAUUCAGAAUCAUAAGUAAAAAUAAAAAGAAUAUUAACAAUAAUUAUCUUGUAUACGGAUGGAAUAAUACCACAAAUGAUGAAAUUAUCAAAC